AUGAGCGCCCAAAAAGCCCCAAAGUGGUAUCCAUCUGAAGACAUAAAGGCUCUAAAGAAGACCAGAAAGGCUUCGAGACCACAAAAGUUGCGUACCUCGCUAGUUCCAGGCACCGUUUUGAUCUUGCUAGCUGGCCGUUUCAGAGGUAAGAGAGUCGUCUACUUGAAGCACUUGGAAGACAACACCCUAUUGAUCUCCGGUCCAUUCAAGGUCAAUGGUGUUCCUCUAAGAAGAGUCAAUGCCCGUUACGUCAUUGCCACCUCCACCAAGGUCCCAGUUGCUUCCGUCAACGUCGAGAAAUUCAACGUCGAAUACUUUGCCAGAGAUGCCAAGUUGUCCAAGAAGGAGAAGAAGGAGGCCAACUUGUUCCCAGAACAACAGAAGAAGGAGGUCAGUACCGAGAGAGUCCAAGACCAAAAAAUUGUUGACAAGGCUUUGUUGGCUGAAAUCAAGAACACUCCAUUGUUGAAGCAAUACCUAGCUUCUUCUUUCUCUUUGAAGAGCGGUGACAAGCCUCACUUGCUAAAAUUUUAA